AUGCUUCUUUUUCUACACAUUGCUUUGCUUCUUCUCAUUGCUGAAGUUGUGCUCUGUCUCAACCCAGAUGGUCUCUCCCUCCUCGCCCUCAAAUCCGCAAUCGAAACUGACCCCACUCGCGUCCUCGACUCCUGGUUCGACUCCGACCCGACCCCCUGCCACUGGCACGGCGUCGUUUGCACCCGCAACCGAGUCACUGACCUCUUACUCAGCGACAAAGGCUUCUCCGGCUACAUUCCCUCCGAACUCGGCCACCUCGACUCGCUCAAGCGACUCAGUCUGUCCAGAAACAACUUCUCCAAGCUCAUCCCGGCCCACCUCUUCAACGCCACCAACCUCAUUUCUCUGGACCUCUCUCGAAACUCCUUCGUCGGCCCAGUUCCGCCCCAAAUUGAAGCCCUCAAAGCCCUAAAACACCUCGAUUUGUCUUCUAAUUUCCUCAACGGCUCCCUCCCCGAGUCUCUCGCCGAGCUCCCGUCCCUCGCCGGAACCCUUAACCUCUCGUACAACAAAUUUUCCGGCGAGGUUCCGGCGUCAUACGGACGGCUUCCGGUGCUCGUGAGCCUGGACCUCCGGCACAACAAUCUCAGCGGAAAAGUGCCUCAGGUGGGAUCGCUUGUGAACCAAGGCCCCACCGCGUUCUCCGGCAACCCUAGCCUCUGCGGGUUUCCGUUGGAGAUUCCUUGCCCGGAAGCUCAAAACCCAAACGCCUCCAAAAGCGGAGCCGAGGACGUUCAAAAGCCUCUCAACACCGACCCGAGCUUGGUGAAUGGGGUCGAGGAAAGAGGAAAUCGGAGAGGUGGGUCUGUGACGGUUCCGAUCAUUUCGGGCCUUUCAGUGGUGAUCGGGGCCGUCUCGGUUUCGGUGUGGCUGUUUCGGAUAAGGAGGAGGGCCAAGGAGGGCAAAACGGUGAGAGAGAAAGUGGAAAAGGCGGUCGUGGUUGUUGAGGACGAGGGGGAGGGGCAAAAUGGUAGAUUCGUGGUGCUAGACGAGGGGUUUGGGUUGGAAUUAGAGGAUUUGUUGAGGGCAUCGGCGUACGUGGUGGGGAAGAGCAGGAGUGGGAUUACGUACAGGGUCGUCGCCGGGAGUGCUGGGAAGGGAUACGGUGCGGCGCCGGCAGUUGUGGCCGUGAGGAGGCUUAGCGAGGGUGAUGCCACGUGGCGGUUCAAGGAGUUUGAGGCUGAGGUGGAGGCCAUAGGGAAGGUGGUCCACCCGAAUAUUGUGCGCUUGAGAGCAUACUAUUAUGCGAAUGAUGAGAAACUUCUGGUCACUGAUUUCAUUCGCAAUGGCAGCUUGUACAAUGCACUCCACGGGGGACCAUCCACGUCUUUGCCUCUAUUACCAUGGACAGCAAGGUUAAAAAUUGCUCAGGGGACCGCGAGGGGAUUGAUGUACAUACAUGAACACAGCCCUCGAAAGUAUGUUCAUGGAAACAUUAAAUCAACAAAAAUCCUUCUCAAUGAUGAUCUCCAACCUUACAUAUCAGGGUUCGGAUUGGCGCGCCUUAUGUUGGGGACCUCAAAGUUCACCACUUCAGCAUCCAGAAAACACAACUCAAGCCAAUCCAUUGGAGCCUCUGGUUUGACUGUUUCAACUUCCUCAACCAUUUACUUGGCGCCCGAGGCUCGAAUUUCUGGCAGCAAGUUCACUCAGAAAUGUGACGUGUACUCUUUUGGGGUUGUGCUCUUGGAGAUCUUAACUGGCAGAUUGCCAGACGAAGGGCUCGAAAAUGGUGGUAAGGGACUUGAGAGUCUAGUCAGGAAGACGUUCAGAGAUGAGCGCCCCUUGUCCGAGAUUUUAGACCCUGUACUUCUGCAAGAGGUUUAUGCAAAGAAGCAAGUUGUUGAAGCCUUUCACAUUGCCCUUAAUUGCACUGAACUCGACCCUGAACUGCGUCCAAGGAUGAAAACUUUGAAUGCUAUGCUAAUGUUUGAAGAUGAGUUCAAUGGAGACAGGCAUGUAUUCGAGGUUGACAACAUUCUGGUGGGAUUAGGAGGAGGAGAAUUUUCGGCUGUUUUCUUUUUCUCUUCUUUAAGACAUGUUCUUGCCCUAUUCUCAUCAUAUUGUCGCAAUUCUCCUUUUGCUCUGGUGGUUGGAAUUUCUAAUGGCUAA